UUAGGUGACAGCCGAAAGGUGAUAGGUCGAUAAUAAAUCAUCUAUACGAUGUGUUCUUCCGUAUGUCGAAGUAAUAAACGAGUGACCGUCAAGACCAUCGCACCAUCUUACGAAAUACUGAGUGUCAGUUCAUGUUUGAUACAGGUAUAUGAUCUACGAUAAACAUUGCCUCGUCCGACGCGCAGUGUAUGGCACCGUAGUACUUGCGGGAAGGCCAGACCUCGUAUCCAUCCUGCAAAGAUAAUCACAAGAGCAACGAUGAUGUACUUUGUAAGUCGAUUUCUCAAUAAGCGAUUGGUGGAGAAGCAUUUGGCUUUAAGGGUGUACUCGAGGGGUUGGGGAGGGAGAAGACUGGCUGUCGUUUGUGUUAUACCACCAGUUGACAGAAAACUCGUGUCGUGUGAAUGUAAAUUUUUGUCUAUACUUUCUUUGCAAUGAUGUUAGCUGAAGUGAUGUGUUUUACAUAUCGUUUUGUAAGUGAUUUUAUACCUACAAGCAGCCUUAACGUCUACCUUUGAGUGCUGUAAAAGUGUGUGGUGUUUGAACACAGUGGAACAUCAGAUCGUCCCCAAGUUUUCUUCAGGUAUGGAAGGAAGUUGAAGCACUGCAUGACUGACAGGCAGACCAAGCAGCAGAAGCUGAAACUCACAAGAUGGCCUCAUCCACGAUAAUGGCUGAGAUACUGCACAGUGUGGAGAACUUCACAAAUUACACUGAUAUAUGUGGAAAUAACAACAGAUUCCACUGGCCAGACUAUGCUAUAUUAGUAGUAAUGUUGGUAGUUUCCGCUAGCAUAGGUCUAUUCUAUGGGUACUUUGGCCCAAAGCAAAAGACAGCAAGUGAUUUCUUGCUGGGAGGAAGUUCAAUGGGCACAUUUCCAAUGGCAAUGUCAUUAGCAUCCAGUUUCAUCACAGCCAUUGAAUUGCUGGGUAAUCCAGCAGAAAUGUAUGUGUAUGGGACACAGUUCUGGAUGACAUGUAUUGCAUUUAUAUUUGUGAUUCCAAUCACAUCGCAUUUGUAUCUUCCUGUAUACAGACACCUGAAGCUCACAUCAGCAUAUGAGUAUUUGGAGAUGAGAUUCAGUUCGCAUGUCCGAACCUAUGGAGCAGCAAUGUACAUGUUACAGAUGAUUCUCUACACAUCAGUUGCAGUGUAUGCACCUGCCUUAGCUUUGAGUCAUGUCACGGGGCUAAACACAUACAUUGCUGUAUCUUGUAUCUACGGUGUCUGCAUUUUCUAUGCCUCACAGGGAGGCAUGAAAGCUGUCAUGAUAACAGACACUUUCCAAGCUGGUGUUUUGAUUGGAUCAAUACUUGUAGUGCUGGGUUUGGGUGACUGGAUGGCAGGAGGAGCAACAUCUGUCUGGAAUUAUAACUCUUUCUCUGAGAGAAUUGAAUUGUUUAAGAUGGAUCCCAGUCCCACAGUGCGACAUAGUUUCUGGUCAGUUGUGAUUGGUGGGACAUUCUACUGGUUGACCAUGUUCUGUUCAAACCAAGCAUCAGUACAGAAGUACCUCUCUGUGGAAACAAUUUCACAAGCCAGACAAGCCUUGUGGGUGAGUUGUGCAGGCUUGAUCUUGAUCUUCACCAUCAAUUUCUACACAGGGAUGAUUAUGUAUGCUGCAUACCAUGACUGUGAUCCACUUAAGAGUAAUGAGAUUACAGCCCGUGACCAGCUCCUUCCUCUGUAUGUAAUGACCUACAUGGGACAUUUACAAGGAGUGCCUGGCUUGUUUGUAGCAGGAAUAUUCAGUGCAUCUCUAGGCACAGUGGCUUCAGCUCUGAACUCCUUGACAGCAGUGACAGUAAAAGAUUUCCUCCAUGGAGCACUUAAAUGGGAACUUCCUGAUGAGCAAGGAGCAAAAAUAGGGAAAUGGAUUUCCCUUGCUUUUGGACUGCUCAGCUUUGGACUAGUUUUUGUGGUGGAACAGAUGGGGAGUGUGCUUCAGAUAGCACUCAGUUUCAAUGGAAUGGUUGGAGGAAUAACUCUUGGACUCUUUUCACUUGGAAUGUUCUUCCCUUGGUCUAAUUCUAAGGGAGCAUUGUGUGGGGCUGCCAUAGCAACAGGUUUCAUUCUGUGGAUUGGAAUUGGCACACAGAUUGCACUGGCCAGUGGGGUAAUUACAUAUGAGGAAAAAUUUACCUCAGUGGCAGGCUGUGUAUGUACAAAUGUGAGUGAUGUCUUUAACGCAACACUCCCAGUCAUGGAAACCCAUGGAACAAAGUGGUGGAUACAGCUGUACAAGUUGUCUUACUUGUGGUACUCCUUGCUUGGCUUCCUGUUCACGAUUAUUGUGGGCUUGACAGUCAGCAUUUUAACUGGAUCAUUAGAAACAUGUCAUCUGGAUGAAGAUCUCAUGUCACCACCUGUCAGAAGAUGGCUGGAAUCACUGCCAAGCAACAUCAAGCAAUUUCUCAGACUGUCAGAGGAGACCAAAGAGAGUACGGCACUGGAGAAGACUGAAAUAAAACAAGCUUCCUACAAAUCAGUGGAUUUCACUGGUAUACAGAAUCACAGUUUCAUCCUUGAAGAUGAAUAUCAAACUGGAGGAAUUAAGACUGACAUAAAAGUUUGACAUUAUCUUACCUUCAUGUCACAUCUGUUCAGUUUCAAGUUGCCAUACCAUAUUGACUAGCUGAGUUUUAGAUAGUUGAACAAAUUAACUAUUCAAGUAUUGUGAUAAACUGUACAGAAGACAGAUGCCAGUUUGUAGAUACCGUGAUAGAGUUAUAUUUAAGAUUCAGUAUUUUUUACCACGAAAAUUUGAUUUGUGUGUGUACAUAUGUGUAUGUGUGGGAGAUGUAACUGAGCUUCUCCUCACAAAGAAAUAGAUUUGUUACACAUCUGGUAACAUGCUGAUGUUAGAGGCAAUGUUUGAUAGCAGGACAAAAUGCUCAGUACCUACGGACAGGUCAGAGAAAGAAUGAAGACAGAGAUUCUCCCCCACCCGCCUUCCUAGCAGGUACCUUCCCCGAGUGCUUUGCCUCAUUCCAAAAAAUUGUGGCUUUUGUUCCAUCUUCAGUCUCUCCCCCUUCCCAUCCGUUUGUUAUUGAGAUCUAGAUCUGAUAUGAAUUUUUGAUCACAUUUUGUGACUUUGUUUUAUUAAUCAUUAUGUUGUCUGUAAUGUCUCAUUUUUCAUAUAGUGUCAAAUGGUACUGACAGAUAAAUGAAUUGGAAAGAAUUUGGAAGGGAGUAGUCAUGCCCCAAUCAAAGUAUUAUCCCUGCACUUCUCUGGAGGGACUGAGGAAAACCUUGAUAAACCUCACCCAAAAUAUCCAGUGUCCUGGUUGAGAUUCAAACUGAACAUCCCCUUAAAACCUGUCAGAGCGUUACCUCUAGACCAGCCUGCCUGACAUAAUGUCUUCUUGUAAAUUUCUGUUUGUUAGUAUUUUACUUCCUCAGUAUUUAAACCCUUGAUUUUCUUUAUUUCAUUAUUAUUAUUAUUAUUAUUAUUAUUAUUAUUGUUGUUAUUAUUAUUAUAAUAUUUUAUCUUUUCCUUGUCCCUGUCUUCCAGCUUAAUUAUGUAACUAUACACUCAGGUAUAAGCACAUUACUUCCUGCCAUUGUUGGCACAGUUCUUUGCUUCUGUCCUCAGGGGAUGAUUGCAUUCAGCAAUUCAGAAUGACAGAAUGCACUAACUUAAUCAAUGGUGGAUUAUUUUGCUGAUGUACCUAAUCCUGGCAUUAUAAGGAUGAAAAUUAACCUGGAGCAGCAUUUAGGCUUGUGCCAGACCUGCAAAGAAGGAUACUAUUAUCCUGUCACUUUGUGUUCCAUUCUUUUGCUUUCAAAGUAUGCUCAACUUAAAUUAGCGAAGUACUAAAAUGAGGAAUACUCUCGAGAUUCUGAGUUCAUAGUGACAUUAAACUCACUGACAUCUAUCAUGGUCUUUGGAGUUUUUAUACAUAAACAAAUACAUUGUUAUUGUAAAUACACUGUGCACUCAUGUUACAGAAUUUUGCUCUCAUGUCUAUUAAGACAUGACCAUAUACAGGCCAUAAAGUCACCAUUAUGGAAAUUUGAGAUAGAUAUUACAAAUAAUUUAAACACAAAAUGCAAAACAGUAUCAAACUCAUUCAUGCAAAAGCAGGGUACAUGUUAUGAAAUUUCACAAUAUGGACACAUUUUCAAGAAUGCAUUCCUUUUGUAAUGCAGGGGCCUGCCACAUGGUUUUGGAGCCAAACUUACUGCUACAGGCAGUGUAAUGUGUAUAUGGACAUAUAUGUUUUUAUAUAAUUUUGUAGUUUAAUAUUAACGUUUUUUAUUGUUUUUAGAAAGCAAAAUAUGCUAAAUAUGUUAAUGCGUUAUAUUUGAGAUUUUCUUCUACCUGAAGAUAAAGGCAGUAGGUUCCUCCUAAACAUUGGCACUAAUCUACCUGAAAGAUGCAAUCAAAGUAUUUGUUAUAAUUUUAUUCUUAUGCGUAGGGAAAAGUUGAGAUGAAAAUGUAGUCCUACAUAUCACGAGUAUUUAUGAAUAAAGGAUGUUAAAAUAACAACAAAAAAUGUUACAGUUCAUUGUAUCAUUAAAGUUACAGCGCUCAACAUAAAAAAGUCUGUCAUGGCUUAAUACUGACUUUAUCUUCAUAUAAUAUACUGUAAAAAAAUCAUAUCUGAGUUUCACAAGUUCAGGUACUUAAUAUUGUCACGUACAUGUGUGUAACUCGAUUGGUGACUUGAUUUAUUGACAACUUAUACACUCAUGACUUUACACUUUACAGAUCACUGACUCAUACAGACUACUGUCCUCAGUAUAUUAGUCUCCACUAGCCAUUCCCUGGCAACGGAUUUUAACAGAGGAACUAUAACAGUUUCCCUGAAUUACUCUAAAUGUCACACAUAAAUUCUUCUUUCCACAGUCAAACUUUCAACUGAGCACUUUUGCAACUAACUCUUGGUCAUUUUACACCAACCUCUUAGUCUUCCCUUCAACGCCUGACUAUCAACUGACCAAAGUCAAAGUCACAUUGCGACUGACGGUCGGUCAGUC